GUUAUUUCUUUCAGGAGUUGGAAGAAGGCCACGUUCCAGUUUUCCUCCCAGUUGCCAUUUUAACAAACGACUGAGUGAAGGUGAAGAAACGCACGAACCCUUUCUGUUAUCACCACACGAUCGUUAUUCAUUCAUUUCAUUAUUCUACGAAGUCCAAUCCCCGUCCUCUUCCCCACAGUCUCAUAGUACUACAACUAUUGUGGUUUCAGUGAAAUGUAGAGUUGCUGCUUCAAAUCAAGCAUCCGGCUCUCAACUCUCUGUCAAAAUAGCUCUCAUAUUUUCAGCCAGAGAGUUGAUUGCUACCUGGGUUCAAUUAAUUUGGUAGAAAAGUUUGCAUCUUUAUGUGUUUUUUGAUUUGGGUUUUUUUAAUUUGGUCGUGAGAUGGCUUGUUCAAUGCUGAUUGGAGCAGGGAAAGUUGGAGGGAUUUCGCCGACUGGGUUGAAUUUUGUUGGGUCAGAUUCACAUUCACUAUUUGGUCAUCAUCAGAAUCAUCGUCACUUGCCAAAAUUGGGUUUAGAGCCAAGUGUCGGAAUCUCUCAGGGCAGAGCUAAUUUGCUCAUUCCAAGAUGCAGCCUUUCUGCAUCCAGACCAGCUUCACAACCAAGAUUCAUACAGCACAAAAAGGAGGCAUUUUGGUUUUACAGGUUCUUAUCCAUUGUUUAUGACCAUGUAAUUAAUCCUGGACAUUGGACUGAAGACAUGAGAGAUGAGGCACUUGAACCAGCUGACCUUAGCAAUAGAAAAAUGAUUGUGGUGGAUGUGGGAGGAGGAACGGGUUUUACUACUCUAGGAAUUGUCAAGACCGUGGAUGCUAAGAAUGUUACCAUUCUUGAUCAGUCCCCUCAUCAGCUUGCUAAGGCUAAGCAAAAGGAGCCCUUGAAGGACUGUAAGAUAAUUGAGGGUGAUGCAGAGGACCUGCCCUUUAGAACUGAUUAUGCUGAUAGAUAUGUAUCAGCUGGGAGCAUCGAGUACUGGCCAGACCCGCAACGUGGAAUCAAGGAAGCUUACAGGGUAUUGAAACUUGGGGGAAAGGCCUGCAUUAUUGGUCCUGUGUACCCUACAUUUUGGUUAUCACGCUUUUUUGCUGAUGUGUGGAUGCUCUUCCCCAAGGAAGAAGAGUACAUUGAAUGGUUUCAAAAGGCUGGGUUUAAGGAUGUUCAGCUAAAGAGGAUUGGCCCAACAUGGUACCGGGGCGUUCGCCGACAUGGUCUCAUUAUGGGAUGUUCUGUUACCGGUAUCAAACCAGCAUCUGGUGACUCACCUCUACAGGUAGAACCUUUUUUUUUUUGGUACAGUGCAAAAGGAUAAAUAUAGCGGCUAGUAUAUAAUGGCUGUCAUGUUUGUACCAGUAACUUCCUAUGAUGUAAGUCCAGUAGGCUGAAGUUGCUGAGUUUGUCUGUCUACUAAAUCUUGGUGGUUCGUGAAGCACUUUUGAACUUGCUGAAAAUAUGAGUUCCAUUUGAACGAAUAGCAAUUUCAUUUGCUAAGGAUUGAGGAUCACGGGUCUGUUAACAUAAGAACAAACCAUGUCAGGAUAUCAUUAGAUACAUAUUAUUGCUUCUUUUCUUGUCCGAAACCAAUCUAUGCGUUCUGCUUUUGAGAACAAUAAUUGAAUCCAGAGUGAUAAUAGUAACUUCUGAUUUUGGCUUUUCGUAAAAUUCCACACUUUCCAAUUUUCCCUGUUUUCUGCACAUGCCUUGGUUAAUACUUCUGCAUUUUAUAUUACCACUAGAAAUAUGGCAUCAAAGGCUCGUAUUUACGAGCCAUGGUUGUACAUAAGAAGCAUGUAAGUUUAUUGAUGCGUGUCCUUACCUUACGGAAGUUCACUACUGGAGCCUAAAUCUGAAAGCAUACCAUGAUUGUUGUGCGAUGCAAUCAGGUAAUAUUUGGGAUAAUGUCAAGACUUGUGUGUGAACAUUGUUUCAUUUACCAUUGGUGUAUUAGUAUAUUCGCUUGGUUCUUUCGAGCCUUGACAUUUACGUGUUCAUUUGCAGCUUGUCUUAGUACUAUAAUUCAUAUCCAAGUUGACAUUUACGUGUUCAUUUUACUUGCAGCUUGUCUUAGUAUUAUAAUUUGUAUCCAUGUUGACAUUUACGUGUUCAUUUGCAGCUUGGUCCAAAAGCCGAAGAUGUUUCAAAACCUGUAAAUCCAUUCGUCUUCCUUCUCCGCUUUCUCCUUGGUGCAACGGCCGCUACAUACUUCGUCCUGGUUCCCAUAUACAUGUGGCUCAAAGAUCAAAUUGUUCCCAAAGGUCAACCAAUCUGAGAGACCUGGCUUUCUCUAACCCGUUUUUGUUAGAGAGAUUUAUGCUUGUCAAAGUAGGAAGGUGUUCACCUGAACGCUUAGAGAGAUUUAUGCUUGUCAAGGUAGCAUUUACACGGCUUAUUAAUAUGCGCAUCUCCAACCAAAACAUCAAAACACUAAAUUUGGUGUUUUGGUGUAAAGAUUGAACUUCAAUGAAGACACCAAAUUAUUGCAUUAUUUUGAUGCAAUGAAUAGUGUUACAGAUUUGGUGUAAAUUGUCCAUUACAUUAUUUUUAAUGCACUAUCUUUUACUUUGAUCUAAAUAUAUGUUUGCUAUUUAAUUGAAUUUGUAAAACGAAUUAUAUUGUGA